UAUUUGGUCGAUCAGGUCUUGCGCAUGCGUACAACCAUCUGAGGUGGUGGGUGGUAUAUUAGGCGAAGAGGCGGGGUCGUCUUAGCUGCCGCGCUGGCAUUUUCUCCUGGACAAGGAGAGGGUGCGGCUGCUGAGAGCCGAAAACUGCAAUCCCGAUCCUCUGAGUCGUGAAGAAGGGAGGCUACGAGGGGGUUGGGGUUGGGGCCUGAGGCAAGGCUCUGCUCUUGCCAGAGGGACAAGAAUCAUGUCUCAGAAAAUGGACUGUGGUGCGGGCCUCCUCGGCUUCCAGGCUGAGGCCUCCGUAGAAGACAGCACCUUGCUUAUGCAGACCCUGAUGGAGGCCAUCCAGAUCUCGGAGGCUCCACCUACCAGCCAGGCCACAGCAGCUGCCAGUGCACCGAAUGCUAGUCCUCAGAGUUCACAGCCCCCAGCAGUCAGUGAGAUGGCUGAUACGCAGGCUUUAGCAACUGCCACUAAGCCUAAGACAGCCUUUAAGGUCCAGAAUGCCACCGCAAAAGGUCCAAAUGCUGCCUAUGAUUUCUCCCAGGCGUUUAAUGCCAAGGAGACUCCCAACAUGCUGCCUACAGCACACUUUAAGUCCCAAAAUGCCCCCCCAAAGGGCCCAAAUGCUGCCUAUGAUUUUUCCCAGGCAGCCCCUACCGGUGAGUUAACUGCCAACAAGUCGGACAUGGCCUUUAAGGCCCAGAAUACCACUACUAAAGUGGUCCCAAAUGCGGCCUACAAUUUCUCUCAGUCUCUCAAUGCCAGUGAGAUGGUCAACACUCAGCCCAAGACAGCCUUCAAGGCUUGGAAUGACACCACUACGGUCCCAACUCCUGAUACCCAGACCCAGAAUGUUAACCCAGCCAAGAUGGCCACUUCCUACGCUGACAUAGAGGCUGACCCAAGCCCAGGUAUCUGUGAAUCUGAUGGUGCAGCUGCACAGACAUCAGCGGAUGGUUCCCAGCCUCAGAAUCUGGAGUCCAGGACUAUAAUUCGGGGCAAGAGGACCCGUAAGAUUAAUAACUUGAAUGUGGAAGAGAGUAGCAGUGGGGAUCAGAGGCGGGCCCCACUGGCUCCAGGGACCUGGAGGUCUGCACCAGUUCCAGUUACCACUCAGAGCCCACCUGGCGCACCCCCCAAUGUGCUCUGGCAGACCCCACUGGCCUGGCAGAAUCCAUCAGGCUGGCAAAAUCAGCCAACCAGGCAGACCCCACCAGCACGUCAGAGCCCCCCAGCAAGGCAGACCCCACCAGCCUGGCAAAACCCAGUUGCUUGGCAGAACCCAGUGAUCUGGCCAAACCCUGUGAUCUGGCAGAACCCAGUGAUCUGGCCAAACCCCAUUGUCUGGCCUGGUCCGGUUGUCUGGCCAAACCCACUGGCCUGGCAGAAUCCACCUGGGUGGCAGACCCCACCUGGAUGGCAGACUCCACCAGGCUGGCAAGGUCCUCCAGAUUGGCAAGGCCCUCCCGACUGGCCACUACCCCCUGACUGGCCACUGCCACCCGACUGGCCACUCCCCACUGACUGGCCGCUCCCACCUGACUGGAUCCCCACUGAUUGGCCAGUUCCACCAGACUGGCAAAACCUGCGCCCCUCACCAAACCUGCGCCCCUCUCCUAAUUCGCGUGCCUCACAGAACCUGGGUGCCUCACAGCCCCGAGAUGUGGCCCUUCUUCAGGAAAGAGCUAAUAAGUUGGUCAAGUACCUGAUGCUUAAAGAUUACACAAAGGUGCCCAUCAAGCGCUCAGAAAUGCUAAGGGAUAUCAUCCGUGAAUACACUGAUGUGUAUCCAGAAAUCAUUGAACGUGCGUGCUUUGUCCUGGAGAAGAAAUUUGGAAUUCAACUGAAAGAAAUUGACAAGGAAGAACACCUGUAUAUUCUCAUCAGCACCCCUGAGUCCCUGGCUGGCAUACUAGGAACGACCAAAGACACACCAAAACUGGGUCUCCUUUUAGUGAUUUUGGGUGUCAUCUUCAUGAAUGGCAACCGUGCCAGUGAAGCUGUCCUCUGGGAGGCACUACGCAAGAUGGGACU